AGUUUUUGCAUGUUUUUCUGCACAUUGCUUAUAGCGGUACGCCCAGCUGGUCAUUGUUUAAUAACUUUUAAAUGUUUGAAAGUCAGUAACGCUUAACUAACCUACCCCGUGGGACUCGGGGCGAGCACUGGGACUACAUCGCCCCAAUUGGCAAGUACUCAUAAUUAAUUCAAAAUGCGUUUCGUACGCCGGGGAACUGUCCCCAAGAUCGCUGCAGGUUGCAUUGUAGUGGUUCUCAUGGUUACCCUUUACAUCUUAAAUGACGAGCGGGAACUGGAUAAAAACCUUAAAAUCGAAAUUAUCGAGCGCUCCAUACGAUCGGCGGUAAAUCAGGGAGAGUGCCGCCAUCCCCCUCCCCUGGAGAAUCCGGACAUCAUGAAGUUCUACAAGCCGGUGCAGCGGAUCAACUGCGGCGAGGGAAUGGACUGGGUGAUGUGCGAGAAAUCCAUUUGCUUUGUACGCCCGGAGAUCGCGUCAGCCGAGGAUGUGACCUGCUCCUACACGGACAUCAUUCGCAAGUCGGACUACAAGGUGCGCUUCGGACGAACCCUGCGCAUGAGACCAUAUGUCCUGCAGGCCAGUGACUUUGUCAAGGUGGCCUGCCGAUCCUCCAGCGGCGAGAGUUGGUUUGGCAUGGCCCAUGGCAUACGAGAUACAGUGCCUCGUCCCCUGGCUGCCAAUUUCCCCAACUUGGCUGUCCUACCGCCCGAGGCAGUCGCCCAGGCUCAGCAGCAAAUGCAGGAUGUCCCCACGGCCUCCUUCUACAAUGUUCUCAUGUGGUUUGAUUCGUUGAGUCGCAACGCCUUCAUGCGUAAGCUGCCCAGAACAUACGACUAUCUCACCAAACAACUGGGCGCAACCGUCCUCAAGGGCUACAAUAUCGUGGGGGAUGGUACUCCGCAAGCAUUGGUGCCCCUGCUUACGGGCUUCACUGAACUGGAACUGCCGGAGACGAGGAAGCGCUUCUCCGGAGCGGGCAGCGUGGACUCGUACCUGAUUUGGCAGGACUUCGCCCGCCUGGGCUAUAUGACCUCGUUUAACGAGGACCUGCCCAAUGUGGGUACCUUCACUUACCGCAUGACAGGGUUUGAGAGCCAGCCAGUUGACCACUACCUGCGCACCUACUAUGUCCAGGCGGAGCACAUGGCCGCCGAGAGCCAGCCCAACUGCAUUGGCCACCAACCGGACCAUGUCACCAUGCUUGAAUACACCAAAAACUUUAUGCUGAAAUAUCGCGGCCCCCGUUUUGUCUUCAGCUUCCAUGGCGGUUUGUCCCACGACUCCAUCAACCUAGUGGGAGCAGCGGAUGAUGAUGUGCAUGACUGGCUGGUGGCGCUCAAGGAACGUUCGCUGCUAGACGACACAAUUCUGAUUAUGAUGGCCGACCAUGGCACGUUUGCCGAGGUGCGAGCCACUCUGCAGGGGAAACAGGAAGAGCGACUGCCAUUCUAGUUCACGUUUCCGGAGUCGUUUAAGAAGCGCUUCCCGCAGGAGUAUAAGAACUUUCUGGCCAACGAGCACCACCUGGCCACGCCGUUCGACAUACAUGCCACGCUGAAGCACUUAUACGUAAAUUGAGGUUGUCUGACUUUUACAGAGACUAAUUUCUGCUCUCACAUAGAACUACAAACGGCAGCCGAUCAGUUGGGCGAGAUCAACGAUGUAAGAACUGAUCCCAGCACGCCUGGCAUUCACAUCUCGGAGCUGGCUCGGGGACGCGCCAUGUCGCUGUUGGAUCCCAUUCCUAGUAAUCGAUCCUGCGCGGAUGCCUACAUAGAGCCACAUUGGUGUGCCUGUCUGAAUUGGCUGCCUUUGCAGUUAAACGACUCCCGUUAUUCGGGCAUCGUUCUCAAAGCUGCCCAAAGCAUUGUCAAUGCCAUAAAUUUGGCCACCGUGGAGCAACGCCAGCACUGUGCUCCUCUGCAGCUCCUACGUGUCAAUUGGGCGCUACGCCUGCAACCGCACAAGGAGUUGCUGCAAUUCAAGACGAACAGCGACCGGGAUGGCUUCCUGGCGGACAUGACGUCAAACGCUGGUCGGGAUGAGAUGUACCAACUGCAGGUGUAACGUUACCCGGCGAGGGGUUUCGAGGCGAGCGUGGCUUACAGCCUUCACACAUUUAGUGCCACAACCAAACUCACGGAUAUUUCGCGUGUCAACAAGUACGGAAAUCAGGCCCGAUGCAUAUACGAUCGGGAUCCCGAACUGCGGAAGUACUGCUAUUGUCGCGACUAAUUAGAGCACAAAAAAUAUCUAGUCCAAAACAUAGAACUGCUAAGCAAUCAACUCGAAUAGUUUUCGCACUGUUUUCAGUUUGGCGUUCUCGUAGCUUUUAAGGACUUUUCCCCAUAGUUCCCAAAGAAUAUAGUCACUGUCUCUCUUAAGUUAAAAGAUCUGCCUCAGUUUGUAAUAUACGUUCCUUUAAUCAACAAUAGUAUUCUGGUAAUAAAAAUACCUUUUGUAUGGAUGAUGAAAAUUAAAAAUUGUCAACUCAUGAUGGUGUUAGUCCACGACAUUGUUCGGCUCAUAUAUGAUUUUGCGUCAGUGCGAGCAAAAUGACAAGUUGAAGGUUACGUUCAAAAGCUUCUUGUUAAAACAAAUCCAAGUAAGUGUCAUAUUUAUUCGACUAUUUCUAAGCCUCUAAUGAAUGAGCCGAACAGUAUCGUGGAAUAACAUAAUGACUGGAUUAAUUUAAAUUGCUUAAUGAUUAUAUGGGUAUAAUUGGUAUGCUUUAUGCGACCUUACAACUUAAUAUUAAGAAAAUAUGGCGACUUUAUGCCAAAAACAGUCAGUUUAAACAAAUUUCUUUGUGUACUUACGAUUACCAACUAAAUAGAGCACUGUUCGUCAUUCCAUAUAUAUUUCAAGGCUGAUGAUAGUCCCUUUCUUAUGUCAGAACUUCAUAUUCCACUGUUGUUUAGAUUGCUAAGACAAGAUUAACCGUAGUCUAAAAUACACUGUGCACAUAAUUUGGUUA